AUGCCUGAAGGUUUAAUUUGUGCACAAACAGCCACAGUAGAUUUAAAAAUUCUAGAUACAACGGGUCAAGAUCUAUCCGAUACAAAAUGGCCAGUCAAGGAAUUAUCCAUAUCAACAACAAAUAAUGAAGAAAAUACAAAGCAAGCAUCUGGAGCAUUAUUAGGAAUAAAUUUUGAAAAAUCAGAUAGUCAAUCGACAUGGCAAGUGUUAAAUUCGGAAAAAAGCAUAUCUUCAAAAGAAAAAACAGUAGAGAGUCAGGAUGUAGAGGAAACAGCAUUAACACCCCCUUAUUCAAAUAAUGUAUCACCACAAGUCAAAUCAGAUCUUUCUCCGAGUGGAGAUUCAAGCAAAGAAUUAGUACAAUCAACGGAAACACAAGCGGAAGCGGUAAAACCAGAAUCAUUAGAACCCUGUCAAGCGCAUUUUGGGGCGUCAGAGGCGCUGUCUAAGCGUAUACAUCCGGAAGAUACAUUUUAUGAAAAAGUAGAACAGGUAGAAAUGACGAAAGAACAAUAUAAAUAUGCAUUAUCAAUGCUACGUCAGCUGCGAAGAAAUAAGGAUGCGCGACCGUUUAAUCAACCAGUGGAUCCUAUAAAGUUGAAUAUUCCGAGCUAUCCAACGAUCAUUACUCAUCCAAUGGAUUUUGGUACAAUUGAUAAAAAACUUUCGUCUAAACAAUAUGAAACCGUGGAAGAAUUCAAAAAAGAUGUUGAAUUAGUUUUUACAAAUUGUUUUACGUUUAACGGGGAAGAAAGUCCGAUUUCUAUAAUGGCAAAGAAUUUAAAGAAUAUUUUUGGCAAGCAAAUAUUGCAAAUGCCAUCUGUAGAUUAUGUUCCAACACCUAAACCAUCGAAAGUGAGAAAGAAAUCAUUAUCAUCGGAUACCGGAUUAGGAGGAAAUUCAGCGAUUCAUCGUAAUUCAAUGGUUACAGAUCGGCCUCGGCGUGAAAUUCAUCCUCCACCUCCCAGAGAUCUACCUUAUAAUGAAACGAAGCCUCAUCGAAGGAAAAAUGCGGCACAAUUACAAUUUUGCAGGAAUGUUAUUAGAGAAUUACAAAAAAAGACACAUGAAAGUUACGCUUUUCCUUUUUAUCGUCCUGUUGAUCCGGUUGCAUUAAAUAUUCCUGAUUAUUAUAAGAUUGUUAAGCAUCCUAUGGAUAUGUCGACUAUUCAGGGGAAAUUAAAUAAUGUUUACAAUACGGCUGAUGAGUUCGAAAGUGAUAUUCGGCAAAUGUUUAGGAACUGUUAUAAAUUUAAUCCAGUAGGGACUCCUGUAUAUAAUAUGGGCAAACGUCUUGAAGCGGUUUUUGAUAAAAAAUGGCAAGAAAAGCCAACAGAACAUCAUUCAUAUUCAUCAGAUGAAUCAGAUACAGAGUCUGACGAUGUAGAUGACAAUGAAGGAAUUGCAUUAUUGGAAAAACAACUUGCAAUGAUGUCUGAUCAAUUGAAUGCGAUGAGAAACAAAAGGGCUAGCCUUAAAACGAAGAAUAAGUCAGGAAAAUCGAAAAAAGGGAAUUCAAGGAAGUCGGGUUAUCGAAACGAGGAACGCCUGCGUAUUCUAUCGUUCGAUCAGCGAUCAGAAUUAGCGCAAAAAAUUAAUCUUCUUACUGGUAGUAAGCUUGAUACAGUUUUGCGUAUUAUGAAGGAAUCUAUGCCAGAAUUGGAGGAUCAAACUGAUGAAAUCGAAUUGGAUAUUGAUUCAAUGACACCUCGAACUCAAAGUCGACUUUGGAAUUUUGUGAUUCUUAAUCAGCUUCCGAAUACACCUAUUGGUCCUGCUAAAGCAAAGCCUAUUGCUCCUAAAAAGAAUCGUACUGUUUUAUCAGAGGCGGAGCAAUUGCGCCAGAUAAGACAUUUAGAACGACAAUUAUCAAGAUUCGAAGAUAAAGGGAAUGGUAAAUAUAUUUCAAGUAAUUCUGGUACAGAGGAAUCGUCUUCUGAAACCGAAUCAAGUAGUGCAGAGGAUUAAAAAUUAAAAUGAAACAUAAGAUUUCCGAAAAUAAUGUAUAAAUAAGAUAUAUAUAUAUGUGUAUUAUGUUUGUUUGUAUACGCUUUUGUAAAUAUUGGUUAUGAUAUACGUUGAUGGGUUAUGAAUAAUAAAAG